UUUUUAGCAUUUCUUUUUGUUCUUCCCCUACUGAAUCUUUACUAUUUUUGGCCAUAGUUUUUUUACCAAUUUACCCUAAGAUUCCCCAAUAUUUACAAAAAAUACCCUAAGAUUCUACCAUUUCCCACCCACUUUUACCCCACCCACCUUAUUUAAUUAUUUAACCUAACCCUACCCCCCCUCCCUUUAUUACCCAUCCCUAUCUCACAAUCCCUCCCUCACCUCUCAUUCUGAUUUCUCUCUCUCACCUCUUCGGAUCUCUCUCUCUCUCUUAUUUCACUCUCUCUCUCUCUUAAAAUUCCUCCCCUGUUCUUGAGAAAACCCUAGGUUUUCCGCCUCUGAUCUGGGUUUUCCUCUCCAAAUCUCGCAAAUCUGAAACGUUUUCGCCGAAAAACGUUCAUAAAAAUUACUCGGAAUCAUUUUCCGAUCAGAUCCCCUCUAUUUUUGUCCCCUUUUUGGUCCCUAAUCGUCGCUGAUCUCUGUUUUUCUCGUACUUUAUGGGUUCUUCUUUGUCUAGAACGCGAGGUGAUUCUGGGGUGGGAACUUCUGGUCAAAGAAUCCCCGAUUCCAACUGUGAUUGGGGAUCCAAGUGCAACUGUCCCAAUAACGAGCAUUCCUACUCCGCCGAAUAUAAAAACAAUCUGUAUUUGGCCCAAAAAGAAAAUACGAGUACUCGAAACUAUUUGGAAGAAUGGUUUCGGAAGAGGGAAGUGGAGCCAGGAGAGGAGGUUGAGUCAAAAUAUGACGAUCGGAAACCCACUCCCUCAGAUCUGCGUUUUUUCGGUGAAGGAGAUUCCGAUGAGGAACCAAGUGGGUCUGAUUCAUUUGAUCUGGUGUAUGUUGGAGAGUGUGAAAAUGAGAAUGGUGAUGCUGUUGGGUCUCCAGGACAACUUUCAUCUGGUUAUCCCUCCUCAAAGAAAGGAGAAAAGGGAAAAAAAUCGGCUUCAGCAUCUGAUGAUGCUUAGAUAAGUACACCAAAAUUUCAAGCCUCAAUUCAUUAUUUAUUCUAGGAGUCCUAGGCUUAUGAUGAUCUGUUCUGGGUGUUGCUGUUUGAUGAUGAAUUGGUGAUGCAUUUUCUGAUGGUGGUGGAAAGUUCAAAUCAAAAAGAAAUGGUACCUCUUGAAAGUUGGUAGUUUGCUGGUGCCCUUCCCCUUCUACUUCUGGUACUUGCUGUACAUAUUCAGUGCUGUUUGGUACAUCUUCAUUAAACCCAAUGUCCCCAAAAUCAGCAGCAGUAUUUUGAGAAGCUUGUACCAAGUCAGCAGCAUCAUCACCUACCUCUGAGUCAGAAUCGGAGUUAAUGCCAUCGCCUUCAUCAUCAGAAAAUCCGAGGAAAUCGUCAUCCUCUUGAUCUGAAGCCAUUAAGUCCCCUGUUUUUUUGCUAUUUAAUGCUGAAUUGAGGAAGAAAUUUUGGUGUUUUGCUUGUAUUUAUUGAACUUGGUAAAAGUCAGAUUUUGGUCUUUUGUGGGGGGAAAGUGACCCUAUUUAUAAAGGGAAUUCACUAUGUCAACCCCUCAAAAAUUUGGAGGGAAAUUAAAAAUCCCCUGUUUUUUUAUUUGGGGGGAAAAUUUGGAGGGAAAACUGAAAUCAAUUGUUUGGGCUUAAUUUCCAGCCAAAAAAAACGUGAGUCAUUGUAUGAUUAAAUCUGAUUGGUCCAUGUAACAGCUGAUGGGUCCCAUACCCCAUGUGACUGAAUUUUUUUUCUGAUUUCUUUCAUUACUUUAAUAAAAUAUCUACUUUUCUCCCUAUUAAUUAAA